AUGAUAGAAUUAGAACUAAAAUGUGCAAAUAAACACUAGAAGCCUAUUCUAAGUGUAGUUUUUGAUAACAAGCAUGUAAAUAAUCAAAAACUCCUAUGUCAUGAAUGCAUGGAAACUUUUACCGAAGAUGCUCGAAUUAUGGGAUUUAAGGUAGUGAACUAAAUGAUUGCAGAAAGUCAGAAAUAAAAAAGAGAUUUUGUUGAAAUUUUGAUUGAAAACAAUUAAAAGAUAUUAAAAUCUAUUCAAUUAAGCUUAGUAGAAUUAAAAUCAUCAAUAAUUUAAAAAUUAGAUUCACUAGAUGCAAUCACAAAUUCAUGGAUCCAAAAUUUGAAUAAUAUUAAAUCAGAUAAAGCUGCAUAUAGCUUCUUUGAAGAAUUAGAUAAGAUAAUAAGUUAUGGAAAGGAAAAAGUAAGUUAGAUUAAUAAAUAAACAAUAUUUAAUGAAAUUAAAGAAACAAAUAGUUUAUGGAAUGAAAAGUUUAAAAAUAAAUUAAAAAAAUUUACUAUGUUUAAAGAUUAUUUGAAAUGUUAAGUAAUUUUAUAAGAUCUUACCUUACAAGAAUAAGUUAAUCUUCCUUCUAAUCAAGAAUAAUUUUUGAAAAUAGUAGACACUUAAUUCAAAGCUAUUAAAGGCAUCUUCAAUCAAUACAUAUUAUAUACUAAAAAUGAAGAACAAUAUAUUAACUAUUUUAGAAAUGAAAUAAUAAAAUAAAAUCCUUUUGAAACAUAAAAUAAUGAAUGCUAAAAUAUUUUUCAACUUUUUAAAAGGGAACUUAUUGAAAAUAAACAAUUCAUAUUCAUAAAUAAGGUCGAAUAAAAUUUACCCUAUCUUGACAUCUUUCAUUAAACAAUUUCAAAGAAAAUAGAAAACUCUAAAAAUUCAUUAUUAGAUAUGAGAUAAUUUUACUCUUAAUCUAUAUAUUAUGAUGUCGUAUCAAAGGCUAAUAUCUAAGACUAUUUAAAUAAUUUUCCUAUUAAAAGUUUUGUUUAAAGUGGUACCUUUCUUAGGAAUUUGUAAACUCUACUUGACUCUUUACACAUUAAAUAUGAAAAAACGUUUGUAUUUGAGGGUGAUAUUAAUUAUGUUAUAAACUUUGAUUCCUUUUAGAAAUAAUAAAAAUCAAUCAAAUUUGACAAUUUUGUACAAAUUGAUUUGUCUGGUACAAAAAUUAGCGAAAAUUUUAAAUAUAUUUAUAAAGAUUUGGAAGUUAUCUAAAAAUGUGAUCAAUCAUGGAAUAAUAAUUUAAAAUUUAAACAAGACCUUUUAUAAUAAUAUAUAAUAAUAAGUACAUAAAUUGAGAUUAAACCUGAUUAAAAUUAGGAUUAAAAAUCUUUAAACUACAUAAAAUCUCCUCCAAGUGACAUUCCUCAAUAUAUUCGUACUAAUUUUCUACAAUAAUUUAAUACAAUAAUGAUUGAGUAAAAUUAUUGGAAUAAACUUUACGAAGAACUUUACAAUUUAAUAAAACAAGUAAUUGACCUCUCAAAAUAGAAAAUAGAAUAUUAAAGUACUACAUCUAAUUAAUAAGUUAUCAACGAUAAUAAAGAUCAUGAGAAUAUUUCAUUUUAUAAUCCUUAGAUAAUUCAAAGUAUAAUUUAGAAGGUUUAAACUAACAUUAAGGUUAAAUAUAAUAAUUAAUUUGCUUAAUUUGGUGUUAUGUUAACUGAUAUUGGAGAGAAGUGUAUCUUUUAUUAUUCUAUGUUAAUUACAUGGAGAUUUCUUAGUAGAAAAGUAGAAUCAAAAAAAGAAAUAACUAAAUUAUUAUAUCAAUUAUUAGUUUGA